GGAAGUUACGUGGGUAAGGUGAAAUUUCUCGUACAUACAACGUGAAAAUGCCCCAAAAGAAACGUUGUCGAGCGAGGCAGGACAACGAACGACAACGGGAAACGGUUUCCUCCACUCAAAUUGUGCAAGACAUCCAGGAGCCGAUCAGUCGCCGAGAAGAACCCAUGCCCCCUCAUGUAAAGAAUGAAGCAGAGGAUCCACUGCCCCCCCACGUUAAGGAGGAAGCGGAGGAAGGCGGUGUCAAUAGGUUGGCACUGACUGUCGAUGACGUGAAGAACGAAGAUGACGAAGACGACCCGGCCGAGUGGUCACACCUUCAUCGUCAUCACUUUCCAAGUGGAGACCACUGUGGCGGGCCACCACCGGACAACCUCUUAACUCCGCUGUCCGAUAGUGACGAUACAGAUGAACCUUUGAGGAGCAGUGCCGACUGUGGAGGUGACGAUGACAUCCAGCAGCAUGGAAGGGGCUUCAGUUUAGAGCAGGAGGAUCCGCAGCCCCUCCACAUGAAAGAAGAAGAGGAGGAGUUUGACGUCAGCAACUUUCCACUGACUAUCGUCGUCGUGAAGAGUGAAGACGACGCAGUUGAACCACCUGAGUGGUCGCAGCUUCAUCACCGCAGACCAAGUGGAGACCAUUGUGGAAGGCAACCACCAGACAACAUCUUAGCUCCACUGUCAGACAGCGAAGACAUGGAGGAACCCUUUCGGAGCGAUGCAGACUAUGAAUGUGACGUCAAACAGUCAAAAUGCUUCGAAAACAAGACAACGCCUCGCAACAAGGACAUUUCACACACAAGUAGAAAUCGUGUGACCUGCUCAAUUUGUGGUAAAGGUUUUGCUAAACAAUAUUUAAUUAGACAUCUGAGAACACACACAGGAGAAAAACCCUAUAGUUGCUCAAUUUGUGGUAAAACCUUCUCUCAAAAGCCGCAUCUGGACUCGCAUAUGAGAACACACACAGGAGAAAAACCAUUUCCUUGCUCAGUAUGUGGUACAACAUUCUCUCGUAAGGAACAUGUGGACUCACACAUGACAAUACACGGGAGAGAAAAACCCUUUACUUGCUCCACUUGUGGUAAAACCUUCUCUCAAAAGCCCUAUCUGCUAUCACACAUGAAAACACACACAGGAGAAAAAUCUUUCAGUUGCUCAUUGUGCGGUAAAACAUUCACUCAUAAGUCACACGUGGUAUCACACAUGAAAACACACACUGGAGAAAAACCAUUUCAGUGCACAUUGUGUGGUAAAAGAUUCGCUCACAAGUCACAUGAGGUGAAACACAUGAGAACACACACUGGAGAAAAACCCUUUUGUUGCUCAGUUUGUGGGAAGACAUUCUCUCGAAAGGAUUAUAUGAGCUCACACAUGAGAGUGCACACAGGAGAAAAACCUUACGGUUGCUCAUUGUGCGAUAAAACAUUCUCUCUUAAGUCACAUUUAGUAACACACAUGAGAAUACACACAGGAGAAAAACCUUAUAGUUGUUUAAUUUGUGGUGAAAGCUACGCUCAUAAGAACAGUUUGACUGUACACAUGCGGACACACAACAAGGGGCGAUAAAUGUUUUAGUAGUCGUCCCACACAACACUGCAGCAUCCGAAGCGUAUCACUCAUUUUUUUAAUUGAAUUUUUCUCAAUGUGACGUUGUUGUAUUCUGUGUACGUUUGAUUCUUUGCUAUAAA